UUAAGCUCCGUUUUGCUAUGCAGUGAGAGCACAUAGCCAUAGCAUGCUCUGCUUGAAUUGGCUCGGCUCGACUCGUCGACUCGACUCCCCUCAACUCGACUCUGCUCGCGUCGACUCUGCUCGCGUCGACUUUGCUCGCGUCGACUUUACUCGCGUUGACUCUGCUCGCGCCGACUCUGCUCGCGCCGACUCUGCUCGUGUCGACUUUGCUCGCUUUGACUCUGCUCGCUUCGACUCUGCUCACGUCGACUCUGUUCUGCUCGACUCUCCUUUGCUCGAAUCGGCUCACGGCUCGAAUCGGCUCGGCUCGAAUCGGCUCGGGUCGGUUCGGGUCAGCUCGGCUCGACUCGGCUCGACUCAACUCGGCUCUGCUCGGCUCAGCUCGGCUCAGCUCGUCGACUGGGCUCACUACAAAUGGCAGAUCUACAAUGCCGCUGGUGACGUCAACAGCUUCCUGAAGUACGAUCACAUCUCGGCCAAUGCUGUUCGCAUCAAGCACCAGCCAAAAACUCCUCCGACCACGGGCCCUGCGAAGCGGAACAAGGUCGAGAUCUACAAGGAGAACAGUGGUUUUCUUCGUCAUCCAUUGAUUGAAGAGAUGCAGACGGAAGCGAAGGGCAUCAACGAUGCUGCUGCGCAGAUCAUCAAAUUCCAUGGCACAUAUCUUCAAGACAACAGAGAGGAGCGCACCUUCGGUGGCGAAAAGCCUUAUCAAUUCAUGAUUCGAACAAAACAGCCCGCGGGCAAAGUGACCAAUUCUGUUUACUUGCUAAUGGACAAACUUGCGGAUGAGUUCGGCAUAGGGACACUGCGAUUAACGACACGCCAGACGUUCCAGCUGCACGGCAUCUUGAAGAAAGAUUUGAAGACGGUGUUGUCCACAAUCAUCCGCAACUUUGGAUCGACAAUUGGCACUUGUGGCGACCUUAAUAGAAACACGCUGGCCCCGCCGGCACCGUUCAAGAAUGACCCAGCGUACCUGUACGCUCAGGAAUAUGCGGAGAAGAUUGCAACGUUGCUAGCACCCCAGGCAGGAUCCUACUAUGAGGUUUGGGUAGAUGACGAGAAGUUCAUGUCAGCGGAGAUGGCGAGAGAGACAGAAGAUGUGAAAAUCGCUCGGGCGGACAACUCCCAUGGCACCAACUUCGAAGGCUCUCUGGAACCGAUUUAUGGAACACAAUUUCUGCCACGGAAAUUCAAGAUUGCUGUCACUGCCCCAGGGGACAAUUCCGUCGACAUCCUCACAAACGACAUUGGCCUGGUCACAAUCACGGACGAGAACGGCCAACUGCAGGGCUUCGAUAUCUUCGUUGGAGGUGGGAUGGGCAGAACUCAUCGUAACAGCGCAACAUUUCCGCUUCUGGCACAACCACUGGGUUUUGUUGCCAAGGACGAUGUUCUUUAUGCAGUGAAGGCCAUAGUAGCUACACAGCGUGACUAUGGCCGUCGGGAUGAUCGACGACAAGCGAGGAUGAAGUACCUCGUCAAUGAGUGGGGAAUUGAUAAGUUCAGAACAGUUGUGGAGCAAUACUUCGGAAAGCCCCUGGAGCCAUUCAAGGAGCUCCCUCCGUGGGAAUUCAGGCAUUACCUAGGAUGGCACGAACAGGGCGAUGGUCUGUUGUUUCUGGGAGUUCAUGUUGAGAAUGGGCGUGUCAAAGGCGAUGCCAAGAAGGCCCUUCGAGAUGUUAUCGCUGAAUUUGAUAUCCCCAUUCGGCUUAUGGCCAAUCAAAACAUCAUCCUCUGUGACAUCCAGCCAUCAUGGAAGAGCAAGAUCCAACUAACGCUCAGCGAGGCUGGUCUUGUGGAGCCCCAGGAUGUGGAUGAUCUCAACUUGACAGCCAUGGCCUGUCCUGCUCUUCCCUUGUGCCCGCUAGCUGUGACGGAAGCAGAGCGGGUGAUGCCAGACACGCUCAAACGCGUGCGUACUGUUCUGAAUAAGGUUGGUUUAAGGAACCCUUCCGACGCGAUGGUGAUCCGAAUGACGGGAUGCCCGAACGGUUGCACACGCCCAUACAUGGCAGAGCUUGCAUUUGUUGGAGAUGGUCCAUCCAGCUACCAGGUGUAUCUGGGUGGUUCGAGGAACCAGACGAGGUUGGCCAAGCUUUUCAUGGACAAGAUGAAGGCCCAGAAUUUGGAGACAACACUGGAGCCCGUGUUCUAUAUGUACAAGACCCAGAGAUUGACGGGGGAUGGCGAGCCCGAAACGUUUGGAGAUUUUGCUGAUCGAGUGGGCUUUGAGGCAAUUCACAGCUACAUGGCUGGCUAUGGUGGCAUGGAGUAAGGAGGGCGUACACAUGGCAUGGUGACAUGGAUCUUGCUCCAUGAUGGCGUACAGGAACGGAUGUAUGAUAGAUUGAUGCAUGGUACAAGUCGCAAACGACGGCGAUAUGUUACGUUGCUAAAGAAACUCGUCAACAAUACGAGCAGUGCAAUACUAUGUGCAAGCGAGCAUGAGCGACAAAUUGCUGAAUGAAGCAUACCCCAGAGACUAAGCAGUGGAGGAAAGAAAUUGCCUAGAAGAGAGAAUGUGAUAACUCCGUCAACUGACACACAGCGCAGAGGCAAGGCUCAGGCUCUGAGAGACAAAUUGGUGAAUGAAGCAUAGCUCAGAGGCUGAGUAGUCGAGGAAAGAAAUCGCCAAGAAGAGAGAAUCGCAGAGCAAUCACACCUCCAACUGACACAUAGCGCAGAGGCAAGGCUCAGAUUCUGAACAAGAAAUUGCACUGAGCACUGAUAGUUACCAGAGUAGUCUAGUAUGUAGUUGGGGUGUAGGGCUUCUCAAAAGUUGCUAAAGAACUGCUGGAUGAUCAAGUAAUAUUGAGUGCGGAGUGAGAUCCUCCAGUCACGCACAGACUUGAAACCCGAGGACGAGGCGCAGGUGAAUGUACUGCUGUGUGUAACUGUCCGACGAGGAAGAUGACGGAAUGUCGAUGUGUGUGCUGUGUGCAUUCCAGAGUGCCACGUGCGUUCCGCUGCGCAGGCAUGUCCACUCAGUAUUUUCACCCAUCACAACACCAGCUGAGAACCACACGGCUGUGUAUUGUGUGUUCUAGAGCUCUAUUUGCACUCCGCUGGGCAGGCAUGUCCACUCAGUUCUUUCACUCAUCGCAACAUCAGCUGAGAAUCAUAUCACUAUGGCAAGUUGGGAAGAUGAGGGUGACUAGUCACAUGUGAUGGGCUGGAGAGCGGACUCUGGAAAGGAGGAACGGCACAAGGGCGGUGGAGAGAAGGAACGUGGAGAGGUGCAAACUGUACAGUGAAUCAUAUGAGAGGGGCGAAACCUGCCGUGCAGGAGUCAGCUUGGCGUAUGCAAGGGCUGGGGUAUCCAUCCAUCUGACGUCCGGAGCUGACACCAAUCAGCGAACGAAGUAAGUCCGUGGAUUGGCCGGUCAUAGGGAAACAGGAUCCGAAAGGCAGAGAUGUUCGAGGCCGCGCAUGGGAUUUGCUGAGAGCGAAAGCAGGUUCCCCAACUGUGAAAGCGGAAGCAGAAAGUCAUCUGGAUCGGAAAAGGGGUGCGCACAAGAGCAGAGCUGUUUGCAUGCAUAUCUGGAAAGUUGAUGACUUCUGUCAAUCAAUUCAGAGAGAGUAUAAUUGACGAGUCUCCAACUUCAUAAUCAACAGUUGAAUUCGCUCGGUUCCACCGUCAUCCUAUGUUCAUUCCAGAGUGUAGUUCAUAAUCAACAGUUGAAUUCGCUCGGUUCCACCGUCAUCCUAUGUUCAUUCCAGAGUGUAGAUUCCAUCGACGAAUUUAGAAGACUGAGUAUCAUUAGAGGGAGGCACAAAGGAACAUAGUGCCUGUGUUGGUAUGGGUAAUGGGGGAUUGAGUCCAGAAUCUACAGAUCAGAUGCUGGUGAGGUGAUGGGCCUUUUUUUCCCUUUCUCAGAAGUUCUUCUGUCCCAGCAGCUGCAGUUACUUUGUGUAGCACACUGGUUUAGAUAUGCUAUGCCAAUGCUAAUAAAGCCAUGCCAAUGCU